AUGCCGUAUAACAAAUGUAACACCCAACAAAACCCUUUUGUAAAGGAAUCAAAGGAGAUUCACUCCUUUCACAAAAAACCAUUAACUUUGUCCAAACCCCCUAAUUGUACUACCACUCCAGUAGUUACAGAUAGAUUCAUCCCUUUCGCAACUUCAAAGAAGGCUUAUAGAACUUAUACUCGUAAUAAGAAUUACAAUGACGAUACUACAGAUCUUUAUAUGGAACAGUCUCCCUCUCCAGAUAGACUUUCAUCUCCAGAAUUCUUCACAGACUUAAGAACAACUGGUAAUUAUCAAGCUAUCUCUUCAUCUUCAAUGGACAAUAACGAUACCAUUGAUACUUCCCUGGAUUCAAUAUCUAAUGAAACAAGAAAGGUCAAUAAAAAUAAAAAGAGAAGGAAAGUACCAACCGGGAAUGAAAAAUAUCAAACCUUUAUCUCCAAUUCUUUGGGAUUCCCUGGUACCAACAAAGUUUUCAAUUUUAUCUCACCAACUGCAAACUUAAAUAUCUUUAAAUUAAACAACAACAACAAGAAAGGGCAAAAUGACCCUUCGUUAAAACCGUCAUUUGAAUAUUUAGAUCCAUUAUUAAUGGUUCCCUCUAUGACUCCGAAUGAAACAAGAUACCUCAUAGCUACAUCAAAUGUUACAAUGGCGGACAAGGCCAAACCAUUUCAAAGAGCUUCCAGAACAGUUCAGUGUCAUAGCCCAUAUAAGGUUUUAGAUGCUCCAUCUUUGAGAAAUGAUUUUUAUUCAAAUCUAAUCUCUUGGUCCAAUAGAACAAACAACGUUUUAGUCGCUUUGGGCUGUUCGGUCUAUUUAUGGUCUGAAUCAUUUGGCGCUCUACAAAUUUUAAAUCAAAAAUUCUUAAAUGAUAGAAAUAAAGAUUUAGUCACUUGUGUGUCAUUUGAUAGUACAAAUAGUUCGUCAAAUAUCUAUGACUCCACUUAUUUUUUAGUUGGUACAAAAAAUGGGAGCCUUUUAUUAUUUGAUCAAUUCAUUUCAUUGAAUUUUUUACUAGAUAAUAAUUUUAAUAAGAAGAAAAGCAAUGAUGAUAAUACUGAAGAUAAACGGUUAUUGAAACCAAUUUCUCAAUUUGACUCUACAGCUUCGAGUUGUUUUUGUUGUAUCCAAUGGAUUUCAAACUCAAAAUUUUUAGUUGGUGAUGAUUCAGGUUCAAUUACUUUUUUCAAAAUUAAUAAUACAAAUAUUGAAUUUUUAAAUAAAUUCAAAGCACAGAACCAACAAGUUUGUGGUAUGUUAUAUUGUUCUUUUUUUUUGUUCUUUUCUUUAUUGGUCUUUUUUACUAACUUUUAUAACUUAUUUUUACUAUUAGGAAUAUCCAUUAAUUCAAAUAAUAGUUUAUUAGCGGUCGGUGGGAAUGAUAAUUCCUGUACAUUAUGGAAUAUUGAAAAUAUUUAUAAACCUGAAUUUAAAUUUAUUCUACCUCAUUUAGCUGCAGUGAAAGCUGUAACAUUUUGUCCGUGGUCAAGUUCUUUACUGGCGACAGGUGGUGGUAGUAAAGAUAGGAAAAUUAAAUUUUGGCAUACUAAGACUGGUAUCUUAUUAAAUGAAUUCAAAACCUGUGGUCAAGUAACAUCGUUAAUUUGGUCCAAGAGCAAGAAACAAAUUGUUGCAACAUUUGGUUUCAAUGACACAGAAAACCCAACUCUUUUGAAAGUUUAUUCUUACCCGAAAAUGAUUGAAAUUUUACAAGUGAAAUCUCCAGCUCCAUUAAGAGUUCUUACCGCUGUAUUAUCUCCAUCUUCUACUUCAAUUUGCAUUGCUGCAAAUGAUGAAACAAUUAGGUUUUAUAAAUUAUGGUCAGAAAAGGAUGAUUUAAUCAAACAAUUAAAUGAAACGGGUGUAUAUGGUUCAGAUAUUAUUGAGUAUUUGGAAGGGAUUGUAUCUAAUGCUAGUACGAGUAAUAAUAAAGUGAUAAGGUAG